AAAUUAAAGUCACCAAAUUUUUAUUAUAUUUAAAAUUUUAGCCACCAAAUUUUUAUUUAAUGGGUAAGAGACAAAGAGCAAGAAUUUGAUAAAUAAUAUUUGUUUUUUCUUGUUAUUUGGAUUUAAUAUAGUGCAAUGGGAUAUUGGUAAUAUUGGGUAUCAAGACACAGUGUAAAGUUUGUAUAAAUAUCUGGGGAGUUAGAAAUAAUAUUUGUGUGUAAGUAUAGUGCAGGGCCCCUAUUCUUGAAACAGUUGCGUAUACGUAAAUAGCAAGUUGCGAAUGAUCGCAAUGGAAAAUCCCUAGAACGGUAUUCUUGACAGUCGCAAGUGCAAACGUAUACGCAAUUUACCAUUCGCAAUGCAACGAAUGGGUUGGACCAAACGUUUCUCUCGAAACGUAUACGUUAUGUGAAGCAUUGUGAAAAGAAAAGAAAUUGUAGAACAAAAGUACACAUUUACACAUUCACACAUUAAUAUAUUUAAUUUAUAUAAAUCUAUAAAUAAUGAAUCUCGAAGAUAUCAUAUUAAAUGUGCCAAUUCUUAAUGCAUUAGAAAAUGCUGAAAGAGCAGUACAACGAAGGAGAAUUGUCCAUUAUAUUAAAGACGAUCCCUUUGAAUUGCCUAAUAACAAAUUUAUAGAAUUAUAUCGUUUAAAUAAAAAUGCAGCAAGAUAUGUUAUCGAUCUUGUUGAACCAUAUCUAACUCCACAAACAAGGAUAUCUGCAAUUGAUGCCACGACUAAGAUUUUGACAGCAUUGCGAUUCUUUGCAAGUGGUUCCUAUCAGAUGGAUAUUGGAAAAAAUGUUUAUAUGGCUGUUAGUCAACCGACAGUUUCCCGUUGCAUCCAUGAAGUUAUUGAUGUCAUAACAAGACAGGACAUUAUGAGCCAAUGGAUUAAAUUUCCUUGUACCUUAGCAGAAAUGAAUGAGCUGCGAACAGAAUUCUACAGAAAAUUUGAAUUUCCUGGCACUAUAGGGUGUAUUGAUUGCACCCAUAUUGCUAUUUUUCCUCCGACAGGAAAUAAUAAUCCUGAACAUAUAUACGUAAACCGAAAGGGAUAUCAUUCAAUUAAUACUCAACUGAUUUGCGAUUGGCGCUUAAAAAUUAUAAAUAUAAAUGCACGUUACCCCGGUAGUACUCACGAUGCAUACAUUUGGAAUAAUUCCAAUGUUAAGAAUGCAAUGGUCAAUCUGUGUAGGAGAUAUCCAAACAAAAAUUUCCACUUAUUAGGUGAUUCAGGGUAUUCCUUAAGACCUUGGAUGAUGACUCCUAUAACGGAUGCAGCAGAGAAUAGUCCAGAAGCAUUAUAUAACAGAAAGCAAAUGACAUGUCGUUCAUUAAUAGAGCAGUGCAAUGGAAUAUUAAAAAUGCGCUUUAGAUGUCUAUUAAAGCAUAGAGUAUUACAUUAUUCACCACCAACAGCAUCAAAAAUAAUAUAUACAUGUGCUGUAUUACACAACAUAUGCAUCAAUGAAAACGUGCCAAUGCCAUUGGAGUUAAAUGAUGAUGAUGAAGAAUUCGAUUUGGGGAUGAAUAUUAAUGAAAAUGUCAAUGCAAAUGAGGAAAAUAAUGUACCUGAAAGGAAUAUUCGAAGAAUCAAUCCAGAUUUGGCAGCUGGCAGAAUAAAACAACGACAGAUAAUAAGAAAUUAUUUUUCUUAAAUUAUAAUAAAUUUGUUAAAUUAUGAUAUGUUUCACUAUAUUUGUACGUAUGUUCUAAUACAUUAACUGAGGAUUAUGGUACAAAUAAAUUAUUCUUUGUCUUUAAACAUUUAUUUACUUUUGUAAUUAAAAAUACAAUAAAAAAC